GAAUGCAUUCCUCCAGGUACUUGAAAGAGAAAAUAGAAACAGGUAGAUAUACCGUGACUUUACGUAAAAAGGUUUGAGCUACAGAUUACAAAUCUUGUGGAAAUGGUUGUUGCAAAAAAAAUAUUGGAGGGUGAUGGAGUGAGGUAGGAAUGCAUGAACCAAUGGAAGUAGAUGGAAGUUGGCCGUGUAGCCAGUGUACUCUCACCAACAGUGAGCUCACUAACGUCUGCCAGGCGUGCGGAACGGAACAAACCCCCGCCGUGUUUAACAUCAAGGAUACCAUCGACAGAAGCAAAGGAGCCAUCCCCAAAACAAAGGUCAGAAGGUCAAAGCCCUUAACAACCAGACCUUCUCCCCUGGGAGGGCCGGGAACCAGCUCGCAGCAACCGAUUCUGGUGGACAGCGACGAUGUGGUCGACGAUGUGUGGAAAUGUGGAAACUGUAACAUGAAAAACUCCGGGAAAGUGGAGAACUGCAUCAGCUGUAACGAGAAUAAAUUCAAAGAAGUCAUAAUGAUUAACGACGAUGAUGAAUAUGUUGUUAAAUACAACCACUGUAAGCCAGAUAGUGAUGAUAAAGUAGAAACUGGUGGAUCAGACCAAAGCAGGGAUAAAACAAAGGCUGUGAUUGGUCAGAAAAGUGAAGAUGUUUGGCAUUGUCAGAGGUGUACUCUAAAAAAUCCAAAAGAGAACAAAAACUGUGAAGUGUGUCAUUGUCCACAGGAAAUACGGUUACCCACUCUGGAUUCUGUGUCUGAGUUUGAUGCAGCGAAGGUGGAGUACCCCACCACCAGUAAACGUGGAGAACCAGACGGGAUGGAGUGUGAUAUCGAGGCAGGUGGUGCCACCGCAAGUUCACCACAACCCAAACCCAAACCUGGAGUUAAUCCAAACCAAAGAAAUAAACUCAACCACCCACGGGCUAAGUCAGAUCCAGUGUUUAUAGAGGAUGGUGUAGAGUGGACUUGCCCUUUGUGUAGUUUUGCUUGUAACCCAAGCUGGAGUCCUAAGUGUACUAAAUGUCAGAAGGGACAGGCCCCAGCAGUUGUUCCUGGAGCUAACCAGAGAGUUAAAACUCCAGGGGAAAAAUUCCCUGCUAUCAACAAGCAGCAUUCCCCUCUGAAAAAGGCUCAUUCUUCUCCAAGACAAUCUCCUGACUCUGGUGAUCGUGCAGAGAAAACAGACAAAAGAUUCUGGGUGUGUAACCGGUGCACGUUUCACAAUCUUGUGACGGAGCGAUCCUGUAAGAUGUGCGGGGGUCGUAGAUCUACGUCAGAACUGGACGCUAAGAACUACUGGAGCUGUGGGAAGUGUACGCUACAUAAUCCAAUCAAUAGUGCUCUGUGUGCAGCUUGUGGAUUUAAAAGGGAGGCUUCAAACUUGGAGCCAACGGAAAUCAGAAGAAAGACACCAGUGUCUGAAUCAAAAGUACCAAGGACUUCUAAAUCUGCAGAUAAACAGGAAUCAGAGAAGAAAGUCAGAGAGGAUGGUGCUAAAACUUCACCUGACAGUACAGCUAACAGUAAAACGAGUAAUAACUUGGAGAACAAUAAAGUUAAAGGAAAGGAACUGGAAAAAGAAAAGACACCGAAAUCUUCACAGCAGAAGGAAAAGACACCCAAGUCAUCGCUGGAGAAAGAUAAGACCCCAAAGUCAUCGCUGGAGAAAAACAAGACUCCCAAGUCAUCACUAGAAAAAAAUAAGGACAAAGAAAAGGGAAAUAAAAGUCUAGAGAAGGAAAAAUCCAGUAAAAGUUUAGAAAAGACCAAAAACAAAAGUCUAGAGAAGAAUAACAAGAGUUUAGAGAAAGAUAAACUGUGGUCUUGUUCACAAUGUACAUACAAAAAUCCACUGAAAAUGGCAGACUGUCAGAUGUGUGGCAGUGAAAAAUCCCACAGGAAACAUUUUGAUCCAAAUCUCAUCACUCUUCUAAGACAGCCAAGCUCCCUGAUGGAAGAUGUCCGAAAAAUCGAGGAAAACGAGGCCCUAGAACUAUGGCAACACAUCACUUUGUUCUGUAGACAGCACAACGACCAUUUUGUGGAUGAUUCCUUUCCUCCAAUUCCAAAUUCUGUCUUUAUCAAUGAGGACAAACCCUUCACAAAGACCCCCAUCCAAUGGCUACGACCGACGGAAAUCGCCACAUCUCAACGGGGAGACGAAAAGGUCAAAUGGGCAGUGUGUAGGACGCCUCUACCAGACGACAUCUCUCAGGGACUUCUGGGAAACUGCUGGUUUCUGAGUGCCUUAGCGGUUUUGGCGGAGCGUCCUGAACUCGUAGAGAACAUCAUUCUGACUAAGGACUAUUGUCCACAAGGGGCCUACCAAGUCCGCCUGUGUAAGGACGGGAAAUGGCAGAUUGUCCUGAUUGACGACCUGUUACCAUGUGACCACCACAAACGACUCGUCUUCUCUCAGGCCAAGAGAAGACAACUGUGGGUGCCUCUGAUAGAGAAGGCUAUGGCUAAGUUACAUGGCAGCUAUGAGAGCCUGGUAGCAGGGAAGUGUAUAGAGGGUCUGGCUACCUUAACAGGUGCCCCCUGUGAUAACAUAGAACUUCAGCCUGGACCACAGAAAGAAGACAUAGAUCCUAACUUAAUCUGGGCCAAACUUCUCAGCUGUAGGGAGUCAGGAUUUCUGAUGGGGGCCUCCUGUGGGGGAGGUAACAUGAAGACAGAGGACAAAGUUUACGAGGAGAAAGGACUGCGACCUCGACACGCCUACUCCAUUCUGGAUGUCAAAGACAUUGAUGGAAAUAGGUUGUUAAGGUUACGUAAUCCUUGGGGGCGGUUCUCUUGGAAUGGGGAUUGGAGUGACAACUCGACUAAGUGGGCCAACAUUAGUAGCCGGGCCAAACAGGAUCUGAUGUUGUAUGGGCACACAUCAGGCGUUUUCUGGAUAUCACUGGAAGAUGUUCUCAAAUACUUUGACAGUGUGGAUAUUUGUAAGGUGCGUCCUGAUUGGAGGGAGACUCGAGUGGAGGGGACAUUCCCAGCCAAUGCCAGAGAGGUUUUCAAAAUGGUCAAGUUGACUGUGUUCUAUACCACAGAGGUGGAAGUGGGUGUGUUCCAGGAAGGGGUCAGGAGCAAUGACAACAAAAACCCGGCUGACCUUUGUGUACUGAUACUCAGGGAUUCCCCUAAUGGUGUCCAGGCGUUUGGCCCCCUGGUGGCCUGCAGUAAUCGUCAGAUUAAGAGUUUUGUGGGAUGUAACACCAUGCUGGAACCCGGGGAAUAUGUGGUCCUACCUCUGGCUUUCAAUUUCUGGACUUUGUCUACGAAGCCCACAGAGCGAUACAGCUAUGUGUUGUCUGUCCACAGUUCUAAGGCAGUCAUGGUGGAGGAGAUUGAGACAAGGACUCAGAAAUACGAGUACACCCUCGCUGAUGCUGUCAUACAGCUGGCUCUGGCCAAGGGAAAACAGGAGGGGGUACGGGAUACCGUCUCAGUGUAUUCUCUGAUGCAUGGUUGGUCUGGUGGUUUGUUUGUGGUGGAGAAUCGCUGUAGUGACCGCAGUCUGCAUAUGAAGUGUGAUUGUGUAGACAGUGCCAAUGUGGUGUCCACUCGCGGUAGUCUCACCACACUAGACUCCAUCCCUCCACUACACAGACAAGUAAUUAUGGUGCUGACUCAGCUGGAGAGAAGCGCAUCCUACCACCUCUCUCGCCGCCUGAUUCACCGCAUGCACUGGUCAACCACAGGACUUGCUGACUGGGCAGCGGCAGGAGUGAACCAUGAUCCACCGCUGACACUCCACGUGGAGGGACUCCAUGCUCCCAGGCCAUUAUAAACCACAUGCAUUCCAUGUAGAGGGACUCCACGCUCCCCGGCCUUUAUGAAGAAAAAGAACAUCAGUUACAUCAUUCCCGAUCUUAGCUGACAAAAAGAACUGAAUGUUUUAUUUUGACCAUUAAAAAAAAUGUCCCUUCAGGUUCUUGAAAAGAAGGGUCAUUUAAACUAUUGAGGCCUUAUUUAUUCCAAUCAUUUCUUGUAAUUUCAUUUCACAUUAAGACUACCAUUAUUGUCUGUUGACUCUAACAGCUUGUUGAAUCUAUGAAAGAUUCUAUUCCGAUCAGUCUGUAUAAAGAGAUCAAAAUUAGUGGGAAAUUAUUUUAACCAAAAGUAAUUUUU